AUGUCCCACAACCACUCGCACUCCGGUCCAUGUGGCCAUGAUCAUCAUCACGACGAUGAUUCGCACGUGAAAGCAGACCAAGGCGAUCAGGAUCUCCUCUUCUCCUCCAUCGACCGCGAUCGCGUCGUCGCGCUCAACGAGACCACAUCCGGCAGUGCUGCGCUCACCAUCAAGUCCUGGGAACAUCGAUCAGACCCACAACCCGAAGUGAUCUCCGAUGCCGACGAUCAGCUCAUCAUCCACAUCCCAUUCACCUCCUCCGUCAAACUAUCCACAUUCCUGUUCCGACCCUCCUCGCAACCAGAACUCACACCUUCCACAAUCAAGCUCUACAAGAACCUCCCCGAAUCCUCCCUCACCUUCGACGACAUCUCUUCCCUCUCCGAAGCCAAAACUACAACAACCCUAUCCAGCAUACCCACAGUCCAAGACACCGCACAAGUCAUCAGCUUCCCCCUCCAACCCGUCAAAUGGUCCAACACCGAUUCCGUCACCAUCUUUGUCGAAUCCUCCCUCGGUGGCGAUCAGUCCGGCAUCCAAUUCCUGGGCUUCAAAGGCAAAUCUUCAGGUUACACAAGAGCAGCACCUCAGAACAUCGUCUACGAAAGCGCACCACAGCUCAAAGAUCAUUCCAAAGUAGGAGCCGAUUCCCUCUCCUCUGCCCACGGCUUCGGUCAUUGA